GCUGCCGCCGAGCCGCUCCCUGCCCGGCCGGGGCGCCCGGUGCCGUCCUUCCCCCCCCACCUCCAGCCCCCGCCGCGGGCAUCGCCCCUUUGUCUGCGGAGGAGGGAGAGGCGGAGGGCGCUGCGGCGGAGGUACGGCCGGGCGCUGGGCGCGGAGCGGCGGCGGGGACGCAGCCGCUGCCGGCGGGGAGAGGAGCCGCCGCGCCCGUAGCCUGCCAGAGCAGCAGGAUGGCAGAGAAGGGAAUGGAUCCUGCAUGUGUCUCCAUUGCCCUGGAGGACACGGUGUGCCACGCCAGCCCCCCAGAUGCCCCCCUCCUCACCACCCACUUGAAGAAGGUGGAGAACCACAUCACAGAGGCCCAGAGGUUUUCCCACCUCCCGAAGCGCUCGGCUGUCAACAUCGAGUUCAUUGACCUGUCCUACUCUGUUCGUGAAGGCUCCUGGUGGAGGAAGAGAGGGUACAAGACUCUCCUCAAAUGCCUGUCCGGGAAGUUCUGCCAGCGGGAGCUCAUUGGGAUCAUGGGGCCCUCGGGUGCCGGGAAGUCCACACUCAUGAACAUCUUGGCUGGCUACAGGGAGACCGGCAUGAAGGGCCAGAUCCUGGUGAACGGCCGGCCGCGGGACCUGCGUACCUUCCGCAAGAUGUCCUGCUACAUCAUGCAGGAUGACAUGCUCCUGCCACACCUCACUGUGCUGGAGGCUAUGAUGGUCUCUGCUAACCUGAAGCUGAGUGAGAAGCAGGAGGUGAAGAAGGAGCUAGUGAACGAGAUCCUGACGGCUCUGGGGCUGCUGGAGUGCUCCUACACCCGCACCAUCUCGCUGUCAGGGGGCCAGCGCAAGCGCCUGGCCAUCGCCCUGGAGCUGGUGAACAAUCCUCCAGUCAUGUUCUUCGAUGAGCCCACGAGUGGUCUGGACAGUGCCUCCUGCUUCCAGGUGGUUUCCCUGAUGCGAUCCCUGGCUCAGGGUGGGCGCACCAUCAUCUGCACCAUCCACCAGCCCAGCGCCAAGCUCUUUGAGAUGUUCGACAAGCUGUACAUCCUGAGCCAGGGCCAGUGCAUCUUCAAAGGCGUCGUGACCAACCUCAUCCCCUACCUGAAGGGUCUUGGUCUCCACUGCCCCACGUACCACAACCCUGCUGACUUCAUUAUCGAGGUGGCCUCAGGAGAGUACGGGGACCUCAACCCUGUCCUGUUCCGCGCCGUCCAGAAUGGCAUGUGCACCAUGGCUGAGAAGAAGAGCAGUCCCGACAAGGCAGAUCCGUCAUGCCCAGCACACUGUGUGACGGACGUGGACCACAUCGAGAGCCACACGUUUGCCACCAGCACUUCAACUCAGUUCUGCAUCCUCUUCAAGAGAACCUUUAUCUGCAUCCUAAGGGACACGGUGCUGACCCACCUGCGGUUCAUGUCCCACAUCUGCAUCGGGGUGCUGAUUGGGCUGCUCUACCUGCACAUUGGCAACGACGCGGGCAAAGUCUUCAACAACACUGGCUUUCUCUUCUUCUCUAUGCUAUUCCUCAUGUUUGCUGCGCUGAUGCCCACCAUCCUCACCUUCCCCCAGGAGAUGUCUGUAUUCCUGCGAGAGCACUUGAACUACUGGUACAGCCUGAAAGCCUAUUAUCUGGCAAAGACCAUGGCAGAUGUGCCCUUCCAGGUGAUCUGUCCCAUCGCAUACUGCAGCAUCGUGUACUGGAUGACGGGCCAGCCACCUGAAGCCACGCGCUUCCUCCUCUUCUCUGCCUUGGCCACCGCCACGGCUCUCGUGGCCCAGUCCCUCGGGCUUCUCAUCGGAGCUGCUUCCACUUCCCUGCAGGUGGCCACCUUCGUGGGACCCGUCACUGCCAUCCCCGUCCUGCUCUUCUCGGGCUUCUUCGUCAGCUUCAAGACCAUCCCCACCUACCUGCAGUGGAGCUCUUACGUCUCCUAUGUCAGGUAUGGCUUCGAGGGCGUCAUUCUUACCAUCUAUGCCAUGGAGCGUGAGGACCUGGAGUGCCUCGAGGACUUCUGCCCUUUCCAAAAACCCAUCAAGAUCCUGCAGGAGCUGGACGUGGAGGAAGCCAAGCUCUACCUGGACUUCCUCAUCCUGGGCAUCUUCUUCGUCAUCCUGCGGCUCCUGGCUUACCUGGUCCUCAGGUACAAAGUCAAAUCAGAGAGAUAAAGGGGCCAUGGGGCCCCAGUGGCGUUCCCGGGCCUGGCCUGCUGUGAGAGACGUUCUGCAGAUGGACACAGUGCUCCUAGCAGGUCACGGACCGCGGCGGAAGCGUUGGUAGGUGCCAGCCAGGUCUGGCUCAGUCGAGAAGGGUUUUGAGACAUCUCGGAACUGUUUUAACCUUUCCACACACUCUUCAUUGCAAAAGUUUUGUACAGCCCUGGCAUGUGCCACCCUCUCCCCCAGGACUACCGAACCCCACGGCGCUUGGGUCCCCUCUUGCCCCUGCACGGCACUGGCCUUCUCCGCCAAACACAUUGGGACACCAGGGACAGUCCUGCGGAGGCGGCUGUCUGCCAAGCAAGGAGAGGAGCUGGCUGCUCCAGGCAGGAGGGGUUCGGUGCCCUGGUGCUGCCUGAGCCUGGGGCUGAAGCCGGGAGGAGACACCUGCAGAGCAUGGAUCGGUAGUGCAGCACAGAGCCCCGUUGCUCCCCCUGGCCAGCAGCAUGUGUGUCAGUGCUAAGAAGAGCCCAAAGAUGCAAUAGGCCAAGUUGCACAAGGCUUUAGUGUUUCCUGUUGCCAUAGCCACAGAAAUCGCUGCAUCCCCUUUUUCUUUCUGCACAAAUCCUCCCUCUUUUUUUUUUUCCUUUUUUCUUUUCUUCCUUUUUUUAUAAACCCCACUGCUUCCCAGUCUGUAUGGAGGGGAAAGGGAGCCAGCAGGCAGAGAAAGACUUGGGGCUCUGUCUCAGACUUCUGCUCAGAUGCCAUCUGAUGGCAGAUGGGAUCUUCAAACCUGGGGAUGUAACAGGUUCUGUGGGAAUCGGACAGUAUUCUCAGACCCUGGGGAGUCUCACGUUCAGUCCCUGUUGUCUUUGGGGUCUGAGCCAAGAGGAUAAAAUCAACCAACAUGGAGGGAAGUGACUGGUUCCUUCAAGUGCUGCAUGGAGCAGGGAGGAUUUAGGUUCCCACACCCUGCCAGUACCAGGCGGCUGAAAGCUGGAGCCUCUACUGCAGGAGAAGAGCUGGCCCCGAGCCCUUCCCUUGCACCAUCUCACUUCUCACCCCUCUUCCCCUGGCACAACUGUGGCUGUCUCAGCAGAACAGGGAGGACGAGCCCUUGCUCGGCACCGGCUGUGCAAGGAGGGGCUGCCGGCCCCAGGGAUGCCUGGCCUCAUCACAGUGCAAACCUCCCAGGGUAACACUGUGCAGAAGGCGGUCCCAGCAGUGCCAGAACUGGAAAGCAGGUGAGAUCUCGGAGCGGUUUGUUUGCAUUGGGUGACCCUGACACUGGGAAGGGCUUUGCACUUUGUGACUGGUAUCAGAAAAAGGUCCCUUUUGGCAAGUGUCUCUGGUGGCUCCUCCAAAGUCACCUGCCUUCACACCCCUUGCGGAGGGAAGGCAUUUUGACACCUCGCUGGCUCUCCAAAGGAACAGAGCUGAGACCAGAGCUGGCGGGGCUUCUGCACAUGCUGCUGUGCUGGGAACACAGCAUGCUGCUUAGCUACAUAGCACAGGCCUGUCUCUGUGGGUGUGCUGGCAUUGGUGUUGCAGGGCUGCACUGGUCACCCACGCACAUGGGAACCCACUGCUUUUUAGUGAGCACGGACAUGGGGAAGGCAGCUCUGUCCCAUCCUGGCAUGCCGGGCCCUGGUUCAAGUGCAUUCUGUGAGAUGCUGCUGCUGGCACUCUGAGCAGCAGGGGAUUGCAGGGCAAAUGCCAGAUAUCAGCAAAAUCCUUGAGACUGUUCUUUGCUUUUACUGGCUCAUGUUGGGACCCCUCUGCACAGCAGGGUCUGGCUGGCGUGCAGGUGGAUGGCAGACAUGUGGCAGCACUGAUGUUGGGAACUCAGCAAGGUUGGGUUUCCCCUGCCUGGACAGCAUUGCUGCGAAGAGCUUGUAGCCACGGGGCUCUCCUGCACAGAGAGUCUGGAAACAGGACAUGCCCUGAUGCCCUUUCCAUGCUGAGCGUUGGGGUUUUCCCCAGGGGCUCUUGUCUGAUGUACCACUGUCCAUCACAAAAUUCCCCUCUGCUCUUGGAUCUUCCUUCACUGCCAGCCCCAUGCCAUACUCUGCAAUGGAGACGUGCCAGCUUCGGGGGCUGCAGUCUCCUGGGCAAAACGCUGCCAACUGCAGCUGCAGGAGCACGGUCGAGUGGGGAAUCGUCCCCACAUCUGCUCUGUCACGAGGUGGAUGGAUGGGCAGGGAGCCAGGGGGAUGGUGGAGCUGCGGGCUGUCACCCUUCUCCAUCUCACUGUCUGUGGGACUGACGGGACCAAUGCCCCACUUCAGUUCUGCUCUUCGGCUGUGGCUAGUUAAGCCUUGCCCAGCAGAGAGUGUGCACUGCGGGGCUGAGGGUUUUCCCCUGGGUGGAUACCAAGAUGGCGGGAGGUGCCAAUGGUGCAGCAUUGCACAGCUCCUGCCCGCUCACUGGCAGUGGCGGCUCUCGUGGUGGGUCCUGCUUCCCUCACACCAGAGGCACUGUCGUCCCCAGCACUACGUCCUGCUGCUGUCUGCACCCAGCACACGGUGCCUCCUGGGACACCCCUGUGACGUGGCAGCCAGCGCCACCACCACUCCCAGCAGGACCAGGACGAGACGGACUAGUGAUGGCCCAUGUGUGAAUCAGAGGGGGCUACCAGAAGGUACCCAUGACUGCCACUGCCCACGUCCCCCACGUGCAGGGAUGCUGCAGCCGAAGCCUUUGCUGGUCGGCCGCUGCUCCUUGCAGAGAAACCCCAUGGGACAGGCUGCCUGAGCUCAGUGUGGCUGGAGGGACACUGCCGGGGCAGGUAGCUCCACAGGUGGCUGCUCGGACCAGUCUCUCCGGGAUGGGGCAGUUGGCAGCACCCCCAGGAUCUCCAGGACAGUUCAGCACAGCCUGGGCCUCCUGCACCAGUGACCGUGCAGGUUGCAGAGUCCCAGCUGACCAGGUACGCGGCCACUGCGGGGCAGAGGGCCAGGGCAAGCCCUGGAGAUGGAGGAUGGCCGUGUCCCCGAGCUGGGCAAGGGCGGUGGGGAGUGGGAUUUAUAGGGCAGGUGCCCCUCGUCCUCAUGGCCAGGGUAGCAGGAGGCCCGAGGCACCCUGGAGAAGGGCACCAGCACUCCCAGCAGAGCUGGCAAGUGAAUGUGUUGGUAUGAAGGGACCGUGAUAAGUGAGGGAUCUGGGCAGCCCAUGGCACAGAGGGCCUGGGUCUGGCAGACCCUGCCCCGGGCAAAGUCACCCUUGGUGGUGCCCAAGGGCAAAUGGUGCCUGAGGAGUGAACUGAGCCAAGGUGCCGGAACAGGGCCAUCCGCUGCCCCUUCCCUCUCAGCGAGGACAAUCCCAGAGGUGGUGGAAGGCACAGAGAAAUGCAAAGGGACCGAGCACAUUUGCACUGAGCCCCGCAGACUGGCAUGGCUGGGUUGAGCACUCGGGGUUUAUUGCCCCGGCACUGCCCAGGUGGCCUCCUGCCCUGCAGGAGCAGGGCGAGAGGGGUUGUCUCUGCCCUCGCACAGCAGAGGGAUGGGGUGCAGCUGCCCUGCUCCAGGGGGCCCUUGGUGGAGCAAGACUCAGCUGCUCCAACCCACUGACUAGCGGGCAUCUCUCCGGGACAGUCUCAUCAGGGCAAGAUAGGCACUGAGCCGGGCUGUGGUGGCACCCCUUGGCAAUAACAUUGGCCAUUUUGUGGUGUGGGGCCACGGGUGCCCAGGCUGGGUCUUGCCUUGUCCUGAGUGGGUGGAGAGCACCCGCGUGCUGGGCUGGCUCGCAGCAGCGAGGAUGCACUUUAUCAGAGCAGGGGAGUGGGGCCGUGGGUGCUUCUGGCUGCAGGAAUCCCACCAGGGAACGCGUCUGGAUAAUCACGAGGAGUGUGAUGGAGAAGAGCAGGCUUCUUCCCCCACACCUCCUCUCCCCUCCUGCCCCCUGCCUUCCCUUGCAAUGCACUUUGAAUGGAUGAGGAUGUGAUUCAAGCUUUGGCUCCAGAUCCCUGGGAGCACCGGUUGAACCUCAACCCACCUGAAACUGCUUCAGCCCCUUUGCCUGGCUCCUCCAGACCACAGGCUCGGUUGUAUGAGGUACUGCCUCUCCCUCAUGUGUGCUGUGAAUGCAGGCAGGCAGGCAGGGGUGUGGCCUCUCACUUCCACGCAUGUCCAGGCCACCUUUGUCACACGCACAAGAAAAGCAAAUGCAUCAUCACCCAGCUGGUGCUAGGGUUUGCUGGAGGGCAGACCGGGCUAGAACAGGGAGGGAAUGCGGCUUCUCCUAGGGUUUCACCCCUCUCUCAAAUCAGGCAAUAAAACAGUGUUUCCUUCUCACUGUGUGUGGACACCGUUUGUCCUGUCCCUCUGCCACAGGAGCUCCUGGCGCCACAGGCAGCCUACAGCUGCCUGGGAUCUCUGCACGUGUCCCUGCCACGCUGGACCCUGUGGUUUUCCAGCCUUCACCGUGUCCACACGUGCAGAGGAGGCUGUACAAUGGGGUGCAUGUGUGAUAGAGGGUGGGGGUGGACCAUGCAGAGAGGUGCAGCUGUUGAAACCCAUGCUUCCACGUGACCAGAGGUGAGCUGCUUUUUUCCUGGGACCAUUUGCCAAAAUAAGGUGCAGAUAACAGCUCAAAGGAGUCUGCUCACACAGCCGUAGCUCUGCUGUGGUAGCUGUGUGCGGGUGGCAUUUGCCCAGGUCCUUCUGCCUUGCUGGGAGGAGGCUGUGAAGCAGGGCCAGGGCACCGCUGCCCACAGCUGCAGCCUGGCAGGAACCAGGCAGGGUGGAGGUGAGCCCCUGGGCUCUGGGGCGAGCACGGGGCUGCUGGAGGAAGGGCUCUGCUGGCUCUCCACGCUGUGCCACACACUCAGGUAAGUGCCCCACAGGGACAGGGUGCCUGGGUCCCAGCUUGCUGCUGGUGCUCGCCAGUGUCCGGAGGGCCCCAGGAGCUGUUGAGCAGGCGGAGAUGUUGCAGCUUAUUUCAGCCUUUCUGAGAUGCCAGCUGUACUUGUUGGAUUUCACACAUCAAUAAAACUUAUAUUUAUAGUGUA